UUGUCUCGAUCCUGGCUCCUUUGAAGUAUGCUGAGGUAACUGGAUUCUUCUCAUCCUUCAAUUCACGACCUUCGAUUGUUUCCCCUCCCUCCCCUCUCCCGGUCGCUCCCCCGCUCCAAUUGAACCCACCUGCGCCAUUAUCAUGGAUUACGAUCACCACGACCCCAGCUCAGAGCAACCCAGGAGACGACGGCGAAAUGUGAUGCGUCGACGCAUGCGCAAUAGGGCCCCUAUCUCUGCUCGUCUUUCUUUGGAUCAUCAGCUGCGUGGGAACAUUGGUGUUGUGUCCGAUGACCUGGUCGGCGACCUUUUCAGCAAGGACAAUCAAGAUGACAUGGGGAUCUAUUAUCUUGCGAUCUCACCGCACUUCCCAGGUUGCACCUCGGUCGAGGAUCUCUCUUGGACCAUCAUUCCCGUGCGACCGCAGUCUAAAGAUCGCUCUUAUCAAUCGCCAAUUCCGCACUCCACCGUCCUUUUCCCCGACUCCGCCCUGUCAUUACAACCAUUCUUGGAGAAACUAGGCAAAUUGGAUCCCACCCGCCAUUCCCUUCAGUCACAGCGUGCGAUCGAGAUACGGGUCUUGGAUGCCGUGCCCUUGCCUCUGGAUACAGUCUAUGUGACAGUAGAGCGGAACCUUCUCCGGAAUCAUGAUGAUGUUCAAACCAAGUUUGGAGGAGGCUUCAGUUCCAACAAUACCUCAUCCAAUGGUGGGUGGGCCAAGGGCGGGAAAGCCGCUGAAGUCAAGAAAUACACGAAGAAGGCAGCAGCAGAGGAUGAAGAAAGGCUUACAGCUGCCGUGCGCGAGGCCUUGGGAGUCGUGAAGGUUCUGCACACUGGUGACGUCCUGCCGCUUCCCUUACCACCACACCCCAUUACAUAUGCUCCAUCACCCCCUGCUCGUAUUGCGCUUUGCGAACCGGUCUACCAGGGCCUACUGAUGCCCGCGACUAAAGUGGUCCUGGUUCAUGCGCGGCCUCACGGUCACCGGGCGCAAAGAAGCCUACGAUCAGGCACUGGCCUUCUCAAACAAGUAGCGGAAGAUGAAGCCGAUGAUACCUCCAACGAACAGUUCUAUUCUGCGGCUGAGGAUAAGCCUAUCGAGAGCAGUACCGAGGUGGAAGGUAGUACUACUGCCGACGAGUCGGAAACUGAUGCCUCGGGCGGUAACAUGAGUGACACAUCGGACGAUUCUCUGGAGGAUAUGAUUUCGCUAACCGCUCCGGAGCUCCCUCAGCCGUCGUCGGGUGUGAUGUCUGCUAUGACUGCUGCUACGCCCCGUGCUGGAGGGCGUCGGCUGGACGGCACUCAUACUCCUGGAUCGGUCGCAUCAAACUUCACUUCUGCGACCAUGCGACCCGGUCGAGUUAGCGGUGGCAAGGUGUUCAAGACGGAAGGCCUCCUGCGUCAGGUGCCUGGCGACCUUUUGCAUCCCCGACCACGGGAAGAUGACGACCCGGAGUCUUUCAUCUUCGUAGACAUCGGAACGCUCGCCAAGAUAGGCUGUUUCUCAGGUGACUGGGUGAGGAUUGAGGCAACUGAGGAGCCCCAGCACAACCCCUUCGCCUCAAUCAAGCUUGGUAGCUUUAAUGACCGCGAAGAGGACACUGGCGACUGGCGGGCGGUCAAGAUCUAUGGAUUGCCGGGCCUACAGUCUACGAAACCUCGAUACUCGAUCAACCAAACGGGAAACAGGCGCUCAAGUGUCUCUCAACUUCCCACUGUGCGCAUGACCUCCGUCUUCGUCUCACCACUGCUUCUGAACAAUCUUGACAACCCCAAAUACCUACGCAUCUUUCCGAUGACUUUCGCUACAUCGAAUGGCGCGAAGCCUAACCUACUCCACCAGGUCAAGUCCAGUGUUGCUCGAAAUCCGCCUCUGGCCAAGGAGGUUACGCUGCUCAAGGUCUCGACUCCUCUGUCAAUGGACCGUGUUCUUCAACCUGCCCUGUUCGCUGGCCUCAAACAAUACUUUGAAUCUCGUCGACGGCUUUUGAAGGGUGGGGACCUUGUGGGUAUUAGCAUUGAUGAAGGCCUCGGUAGAGCCGUUUUUCAAGGCGCAGCUACCGGCGACGGUAGCGCUCAAGAAGACGAUCUAACCACGAGACUAGGACAGAUGUCUUAUUCUAAUUAUACCGGGUCUAAGAAGGUCGGAGUCGCAUGGUUCCGUGUUGGCCAAGUUGUCCCCAGCAUUCCGGAUGAUCAGGAUGAAGCCGGCGACAACCAAUGGGGAGGAGUGGCCGUUAUCGACUCCGCCACUACCCGAAUGGUACAAGCUGGGAGUGAUGUCAGUAGGGUACCGGGCUCAACAGAUAAUGGCUGGGAGUAUUGGCUUGGGGUUAAAGCUGUACCCAGGGCUGCCACUGAAGCGCAAACGAGCCAUGGUCUGGUGACCGACAUUCCACAAUCAUUCAUCUCACCUUUGCAGCAGCGUCUUCGAGAGCUGAUUUCAGUUGCCACAAGUCCUCGUGCGAUCCAACUCGGUAUGAAGCCAGUCGUCAUCCUCCUGAGAUCCCAACAACGACACAUUGGCAAGGGCACGGUUGCAACACGCGCGUGUGCCGACAUCGGCCUGCACACCUUCCCAAUUGAUGCCUAUGAUAUCCUUACGGAGGGUGGUGCCAAUGGUGGCGAUGUCAAGACCGAAGCAUACCUGAAAGCCAGAGCAGAACGUGCUUUCCUUUGCGGGGCCGACUGUACUGCGCUCCUGAUCAAACACAUUGAAGUCUUGACUGCAGAUCGCAUAGUGUCGGCCAUGGCUGAAAUUGUGGCCGAUGCGCGGGUGAUUAUUGCUACUACGACGGACGUCGAACAGAUGCCCGAGGGCCUUCGAAGUAUGUUCACCCAUGAAUUCGAGAUGUCUGCACCAGAGGAGAAGGAACGUGAAGGUAUUCUUCGCAAUGCUGUUUCAGAACGUGGUAUUCGACUUUCACCUGAUGUUGAUCUGGGGUCAGUGGCUCUGAAGACCGCUGCCCUGGUCGCUGGUGAUUUGAUUGACGUGGUCGAACGUGCGUCGUCUGCAAGAACUGCACGCCUGGAAAGACUGGCGGAGGCAUCGAGCAAGCAAUCGAACCAGAAGAUUGGGAUUCGCGAUAUUCUGAUUGCUGGCGGCGACGCGGCACGAGGCGUCACAAAGCUUGAUUUCGAUACCGCCGUUGACGCUGCGAGGAAGAACUUUGCCGAUUCCAUCGGCGCCCCCAAGAUUCCAAAUGUUAGCUGGGAGGACGUUGGUGGCCUGUCCAAUGUCAAAGAGGCGCUCGUUGAGACCAUCCAACUGCCGCUCGAACGGCCUGAAUUGUUCGCCAAGGGCAUGAAGAAACGUAGCGGUAUUUUGUUCUAUGGGCCGCCUGGUACCGGAAAGACGCUUCUGGCCAAAGCCAUUGCAACCGAAUUCUCGCUGAACUUCUUCUCCGUCAAGGGUCCUGAGCUGCUGAACAUGUACAUCGGUGAAUCCGAAGCCAAUGUACGACGCGUCUUUCAGCGUGCCCGGGAUGCUCGCCCAUGUGUUGUCUUCUUUGACGAGCUGGACUCGGUGGCCCCCAAGAGAGGUAACCAAGGUGACAGUGGUGGUGUGAUGGAUCGCAUUGUGAGUCAACUUCUCGCCGAGUUGGAUGGAAUGAACGGCGGAGAAGAAAACAGUGGUGGUGUCUUUGUCAUCGGCGCGACCAAUCGGCCCGAUCUACUCGAUACGGCGCUUUUACGCCCAGGUCGCUUUGAUAAGAUGCUCUAUCUGGGUGUCUCCGAUACACACGAGAAGCAGAGAACCAUUCUGGAGGCGCUUACACGAAAAUUCGCCCUUUCCCCGGAUCUUUCUCUUGCCCGGGUAGCUGAUCGGCUCCCACUAACUUACACGGGCGCCGACUUGUACGCUUUGUGUUCGGACUCGAUGCUCAAGGCUAUUACACGCAAGGCCACGGCAGUGGAUGAGAAGAUCAAGCAACUUCCAGGUGAGCCUGUCAGUACAGCGUACUUCUUUGACCAUCUUGCCACGCCGGAUGACGUGGCGGUGGUGGUCACGGAAGACGAUUUCCGGGCGGCCCAAGAUGAGCUUGUUCCCAGUGUUAGUGCCAAGGAGCUUGAGCAUUUCGAGCGGAUCCGACAGACCUUUGAAUCCGUCGAUAAGCAGAAGCAGGAGUCGGUAAAUGGUGCCUCAGGGCCACCGCAAACAAUUCAGGAUGCGCUGGAUGCGCUGAAUGCGGGCGGGCAGUUGGAAUUCAGCAUGGGCGGGCCUGUCGCUAAUGGAGACGCUCAGUCCCCUGCAGUUAACAAGGGAAAGGGCAAACAGGUCCCAUCUAUGGUGCGAAAUGCGAGUGGCCAGUCGACCAGUAGCAAGGGCAAGGGUAAAAGUCCCGCGGGAGCUGGAGGGAAAGCGAAGGGCAAGACUGUCAACAUCCCGAAUGGUGACUCUGACUCUUCCCUUGACGGUCCCAUCUCUGGGUUGCGAACGGAUCGAGGAGGCUCGCGUGGAUACGAUGAUGUUGGGGAGGAUGAGGACAAUGUAGAAAACGGGAUCGCUAACAGUGGCGAUGAAGAUGACUACAUUGUUCGAACUGACCAUCUGGCCCCGAGCGGUGGAUCGGGGCUUUGAUAGCUAAGAGGAUGACUCGGCCGCCGACCGUGUGCCGGGGGGGAGCGCGGCGUCAAUAGGCGACAAGGCUUGACGGUUGCACGUCCCGAUUAGUUUGUGUGUCUCUGUGUGUGUUUGUACAUAUAUAUGAUUUGCCAUGACUGCAUAUGAGCAUUGUUUGUAUGUAUAUUUUUGUCAGCGAAAGGUUGUUGUCUGAUAAGAGACAGCGGAGGGGAUUCUGCAGUGGCCACAUGAGGUCAUCGAGGUACUUGCACAGCACCUGGAUGGAUGUUCAAUGAGCCUGCCCAACCUAAUUUAGCUCAACGACAACGACU